AUGGACCAAUGGAGUCAACGAAGUUCGGGCGGUCCGCCGAACCAAAUGGUUUCGCAUCUCAUGUCACUCGACCAGCCACCCGUGAGUCCUUGGGAAAACGGGAAAAGAAUGUGCGGGAAGUUUUAGAAUUGCAAUUCGGGGUGUCCGAAGGAUGAAGCACAGUACGUGAUGCGGCAAGUGACCGACACCGUACGCUACGCAAUGUGUGACGCCAUCGCCCAACGACCGAGUCUUUGGGAUCCGAGCAGGGAGAAGGUGACGACGGAGGGCAGGAAAAGCCUGUUCGGGGAAGUGGCCGACCUGCUCAACCAGCAGUUCGUCCUCCAGCCGCCCAUCACAAGUGAGCCACUCGUUUUCAGUCGGAAACCGUCCGUUCUUGUUUCAGUCGAAGAAAUCGAGAAACACUGGAAGAAUCUAAAGGAUACGUUUGUGAAGACCCGCAGGAAACUGACGUACGAUCAGCAAGGUUGUCUGAUUCCUCCGAAAUGGAAGUUCUUCAACGCGCUGAUGUUCCUCGAAGUGCCGAUCAAUCCAGAGUAUCUGAUGAAGAAGCGGAUGCACGUGACACCGAUACUGCCCCAUCCACAACAAUCACAACCGUACGAGAUGUACACGGGUCCGGCAUCCAAAAAGGAAAAGAUUGACGAUUCACCGCCAAGUGACGAGUUCAUGGAGUUCUGCAGAUCUCUUUACCUUCCGUUGAAGGAAGUAGGAUACAAGGAUCGAGUGCAUUGGCUCAAAAUUCAGAAGGCUAUCAGAGACAUUGUUUACGAAGCACAACUGGAGAGCGUCACGAAAGGACCACCCGAUAUGCGUUAA